GUGUUCAUCUUUGACGGCCUGGAUGAAAGCAGGUUUUUAUUGGAUUUCCAGAACAAUGAGGUCGUGUCUGAUGUCACACAGACAUCAUCAGUAGACGUGCUGUUGACAAACCUCAUCAAGGGGAAUCUGCUUCCCUCGGCUCUCCUCUGGAUAACUUCCAGACCUGCAGCGGCCAAUCAGAUCCCUCCUGCAUGUGUCGACAGGGUAACAGAAGUCCGAGGGUUCACCGACCUCCAGAAGGAGGAGUACUUCAGGAGGAGAUCCAGUGAUGAGGAGCUGUGCAGCAGAAUCAUCUCACACAUCAAGGCGUCCAGGAGCCUCCACAUCAUGUGCCACAUCCCAGUCUUCUGCUGGAUCACUGCUGCAGUUCUGGAGCACAUGUUGACUACAGACCAGAGAGGAGAGCUGCCCAAGAGCCUGACUGACAUGUACUCACACUUCCUGCUGGUUCAGACACACAGGAAGAAGCACAAGUACGAUGAGAGACAUGACAGGAGUCAGCAGGAGCUGAUGGAGACUGACAGGGGAGUUCUUCUGAAGCUGGGCAGGCUUGCGUUUGAACAUCUGAAGAAAGGCAACCUGAUGUUCUACCAAGAAGACCUGGAGGAGUGUGGUCUUGAUGUCACAGAGGCCUCGGUGUACUCAGGAGUGUGCACAGAGAUCUUCAAAACCGAGUGUGUGCUCUUCCAGAGAAAAGUCUACUGCUUUGUUCAUCUGAGCAUUCAGGAGUUUCUCGCUGCAGUCUACAUCUUCCACUGCUACACCAACAGGAACACAGAUGUACUGGCCAGAGUCAUGAGAAAUGAUGAUGACAGUGAUGACGACAAUCAGUUUGGUGACAAUGAGCCAUCGUUGGAUAUCUUCCUGGAGACAGUCAUGUCUGAAGCCCUGGAGAGCAAAAAUGGUCACCUGGACCUCUUUGUCCGUUUCCUUCAUGGCCUCUCACUGGAGUCCAACCAGAGGCUCUUAGGAGGCCUGCUGGGUCGGACAGAGAGCAGAGCAGAAGACAUCCAGAGAGUCAUCAACAACCUGAAGGAGAUGAACACUGACAGUGUCUCUCCUGACAGAAGCAUCAACAUCUUCCACUGUCUGAUGGAGAUGAACGACCUCUCAGUGCAUCAGGACAUCCAAGAGUUCCUGAAGUCAGAGAACAGAUCAGAGAAGAAACUCUCUGAGAUCCACUGCUCAGCUCUGGCCUACAUGCUGCAGAUGUCAGAGGAGGUUCUGGAUGAGUUGGACCUGCAGGCGUACAACACAUCAGUGGAGGGACGACGGAGACUGAUCCCAGCUGUGAGGAACUGCAGGAAGGCUCGACUUUGUGGCUGUGGACUCUCAGAGACUCACUGGGAAACUGUGGCCUCGGCCCUGAAGUCCAACCCCCAUCUGACAGAGCUGGACCUGAGUAAGAACCCCUGGCUGCAGGAUUCAGGAAUUGAGUAA